ACUGCAUUUAUCAUUUUUACAAGUCCUCAGAAAUGAAACUUACCUACGUUUCCAUGAAAACAACCAACAUAAAAACACUUCAAUCACUCGAAACUCAAAAAUUACAAACCCAAUCAAAUUUUCUUUUAAAAUUUCAUCGCACCCAUCCCAUCCGCAAAAUAAUGCCCCUCUAAAAAUGACCAGCCUGUUACCGAAACCCAAACCCCGCGUGAACUGGCUGACGCCGCAGCCUAGCAUCAAGCCCGUAUCGAGCGCCCUCUUCGACGCCCAACAGGUGUUCAACAUCAAGUCGCUGAAGGAGGUCCUGCAGGCGGAGCCGGUCCUCUCCAGGAGGAAGAAGAAGCGCGCCGCGCGCGCCAAACCCCCGCAGGCGGUCACCAGCCUCAUGGAGCGCCGCAACUACCUGCAGCUGCUGAUCAACAACGACAGGCUCGAGAAGAAGGCCUCGCUGAACAGGCCGCCCAAGAAGCGCCCCAUCGUGAUGUACGGCCAAAGGGACAUCGACGACAUCAUCGAGUACACCAAGGCCAGGGAGAACGAAAUCAGGAAGUUCAGGAACAGCGGCCAGGACAAGGAGGUCACCAUCGAAGAGACUGUAUGGAAACGAAUAUACGGAGGAUUUUAAGAGAAAAUUUGUGCUUUCCGAAUAUAUAUUUUUAAGUCAA